AUGUUUUCCGUUCGUGCAUUUACCGACGGGGCUUCGCCCAACCAACUAAGCCGUUUUGCACGUCUUCACUUCGCCAAAACCCUUCAAAUGCUUCAAGCUCGGCUUAAUGAUUCUGACCUGACUUUUGCGAUUUCUGAUGGCACAAUUAUGGUUGUGUUCUUCUUGGCAUCAGCUGCUGAGCUCAUGGGAGACUUUGCUUCUGUAGAGAACCAUGUCAGAGGCUUGGAGAAGAUCGUUAAUCUGAGAGGUGGGGUCCGGGCGCUGAACAUACAUAAUAACUUACAGGUCAAGGUCUGCAGGGCCGACUUAUCCUAUGCCUUACUAUCUGGACACCAGCCACUGUUUUUCAAGACAAGCAUUUCAUGGGAUUGCUUCGUCGCGGACCGUGGCCUGAUCCAAUGUAGCCACCACCCUCAUGACGUCAAUAUACACAUCUUCUUAAAAAAUAACAUCGACGGAAGACUACAUGGUGUCUUUAGAGACUUGCAUGCUUUUUCCUGCAUCAGCAAUCUUGCCUACCAAACGACACGCAAGCUCUUACCCGAGAUAUACAACGAGGUAAUGAUAUCGAUCCUCUACCGACUCACUCAUUUAUCCUUCGAUGGCGACCCUAUUCAGGAAGUGUUUCGAAUCAGCUUGUUAGCUGUUUCCUCUACACUCUUCAUGCAACGGCAGUUCAUGGAUAACCCAUAUGCCCAUCUUUUGAAUCUCUAUCGCAACGCCUUGUUCCAACUAAGCAAUUUGACGGGAGUUGAGCUUCCGGUAUCUAUUUCUCUUUGGAUGACGAUGUUGUUGCAUGUGGUAGAACACAGAGAACAGUCUCCGGCGAAUUGGCUGGGGGUCUGGUUUGACAGGGUUAUUUCCCAUGCCGAUGUCAAAUCAUGGCCCGAAGCUCGCGAAAUGCUAAGGUCGAUGGUAUGGGUUGACUUUGUGCAUGAUCGAGUUGGGAAGUUUGCUUUCGAAGCAUCCAUGAUAAGGCUAGGAUAUUUAGCAGGACGCGACCACUGA